UGGAAAAUGUUCAAAAAUCAGUAUCAGGGUGGCCCAUUUGUUGAAAUAUUCAGUGCUCAAGGCAAGAACCCAGAAGCAAAAUGGAAGAUUUUUGGCAAUCCAUCAGCUAUAUGGAAAGAAUAUGAUAAAGAAGUAAAAGGCUUUGUUUUUAUACUUAAAGGAAGCAGUCAAAUCAAUAAAAUGCAGCUACCAAAGGAAACUAGACAAACAUUGGGACUGAUCCAGCAAUUUCUGACACUUCAGAUUUUUGUGCCAUUGGGACAAGACUUCUCCACAGAGUUACUGAUAACUGAUUUAGGAAAUAUUAAAAGAAGAUUGUAUUUAUCAACAAUCCACAAGGAGUUGUCUGUAACCCCUCUGCAUGCAAAAAUUCCCCUGUUCAUGGUCAAGCGCAAAAUAUGGUGCAAUAUGUGUAUUGACUUGGUAGCAUUCACCAGUGAAAUAUUCAGAGGAGCUGUCUUCCAGUCUUUGGAUGGAAUUAUUAUUUCAGCUAACUGUAAACUGAGAAAGAUCUUCACUUUAAAAUCCAAGCCGCAAGAUACAACCGAGGAAGAUGAUAAGUGUGUUGUUCCACUUAAUCGUCAUGAGCCCACAGAUGUUAUUCCUCGAACCUGCCAGCUAAAUACUGAUGUGCCGCAAGUUACACAAUUGCUGGACCUGACUAAAAUUCAGAAAGCAGAAAUAAAGUGCAGCAGAUAUCCAGUAAUGGGGCAAGAAACAGGUAUCUUGGGUAACAGAGGACAAAGCAAUAUACGCAGCAGUAAAACUCAGGAUGUGUCACAUAUUGCAUUUGGAUCAAAGAUCCUUGGGCCACCACCAUCUUCAAACAAAAAAGGCAGUACAAGGAUAUCUGGAGAGGUAACAAAGACCUUGAGUAGCAAAAGAUCAUGCAGACUUCAUGCAUCAUGUUCAGCAAAAGAAACUGAAUCCAUACAAGACAUUGAGAGACUGGAGCUAUCAUUCUCACCAUGUGAUGAUUCUAUAGAGCAAGGGGGCAAAAUAAAUACUCACCAAACAGCUAAAGAUCUUUGUCAAAAUGACUCUGCAAUUCAGACUCAGAAAACCUCUGAGAGUGGAAGAGCAGAUUUUCAGUUCGCCUUGCCACAAGGACCAUCAGCAGACAAGAACAGUCAUAGAAGAUUAUCUGUAAAAAUUGAAGCUGAAAACACAUGGGAGAUAACCAAUGAUGAAUGGACAUUUCCAGAAAAUUGCGAUGAGAGCGUUGAGUUGGAUAAUAGUGAGCCAUUCAUAGCUACUGAAGAUUUGGCCUGCCAUAAUUUAACCUCACCACAGAAUGCCUCUGAACAUCACAGCAAUGAGACAGGUGAUCAGGAGGUGAAUAAUAAAGACAUUUUCACAUUUUCAUCAAGACCUCGAUCAGCUCCUCAUGGGAAGUCUCCAGAUAUGUCACCAGAAUGUGACAUUUUCCCCUUGGAUUCAAAGCAAGACAGUAACGGAUUACAUGGGAAAACCCAGAUUGAAGAUAACUUUCAAGGAACUGACAGCAGUGAAGAGGAUGGCAACAGUGAAUUAAUCCAGGGUACUGAGAACCUGGAUAUCAGUCACAGCAUGCAAGGAACAUCUAAUUCAGCGGUUUUUGAAGAGGUCCCAUUAAAGACAAUGUCAGGGAGAAAUGAAUACUGGAAGAAUAAGGAACACAGCAAACGUAACCUCGAAGACAUCAUCUUAUCAAAACCACAGAGUUCCACUGUGAGAAAAACAGAUUCUGUUAGCUCUCCAAGAAGCUUAAAGCCUACCUUUUCUCUUUCUCCAACUGGAACUAAAUCUGAGUUCUUUAAAGUAAUUCCAAACGUAUCUGAAAAAACUGAAAGACAUGAAGGAGUUUCUGAUCAAUUAAAAAGAUCCAUCAGUAAAGAGUCUCUCAAAAAUAUCUCAAGAGAAAAUUCAUGUCUGACACCGCAGAUUUGUGAGUAUGACUGGAAGAACCACCAGUCAAAUAGGCUAAGUUCAUCUGAACUACAGAUGCUGGCUAGCAUGAGGAGACAACAAAAUGAAGAAUUAAGGGAUACUGGGAUCUCGAAUGGGCUGAGCGCAUCACAGAUAGACAACUGCAAUGUUAGCAUAAGUACAAGCAGUGAUGAUACAGCAACCUGGAACUCUUGUUUCCCACCACCCAUCAGUCAGGAGCAUCACUAUCAAAAAGAAAUGAGCCCGCUUUCUCCUUCCAACCCACGGGACUGGUUGAACAUGUUCAGUCCCCCCAUCAUUCCUGGAAGCCAACAGCUGGAAGAAGACACUAAAUCUUCAACAAAUCAGAGUAUCCCAGGUGAAGAUGACCUCAAUGCUGAAGAAGAUGAGGAAUUUUUGACUCUUUUGUACGAUCCAUGUCUGAACUGUUACUUUGAUCCAAAUUCUGGGAAGUACUAUGAAUUGGCAUAG